UCACACACUAUGUGCAACAUCGACCGUAUAUUCGACAAACCCAAGCUACCAAUUGUUCUCGUUUUGCCAAAACUUUUUUUCCUAUUCUCAAAAGCUAGCGAAUAGAAUUCAUAAAACAAAACCCGAUGAUUUGUUUGAAAAUGGGUUAUUGUUUUGAGUACCUAUAUAAACCAAAUGAAUUGAAAAUAGAGUGAGUCUUUAUAGUUUAUUACGAAACACGUUGUUUCCUUUACGCCGCACCGAAAGAGCCAUAAUUGGUGACCCCGUAUAAACAAAUCUAAACGCACAGUUCAACCGUUCAACGAUGUCCACCGAGGUUAAGCAUGGACCUGAAGCCGGAUCGUCACAGGAGCCGGAAACCGCGAACGUAGAGACGAUCAACAACCCACGUUUGAACCCACCAAGUAUGACAGCAUCUAACAUCGAGUCAUAUUUUCUGUCGUUGGAAUUUUGGUUUGCCGCGUCAGGCAUCGGAAAUCUACAUGACGCAAAAAAAUACAAUAUUGUCAUGGCACAGGUGCCACCGAACAAACUAACAGAAUUGCGAUCUAUAAUAGAUGCCACACCAGCUAACGAUAGACGUCUCCAGCGCGUACUGUCCGAUAUGCCACUUGGUGACAUGAAGCCUAGCCAACUAUUCAACGAGAUGCUACGAGUGGCUGGAAAUUCGUUGGGUGAAGCCGUGCUUCUUGAUUUGUGGGCCUCAAGACUACCACCACACGCCCAAGCCGCAGUGAUCGCUUCGAAAGGAGAUGCAGACGAAAAAACUACCAUCGCUGAUGCAAUUGUCGAUUCAAUGGGUCUUCGCGGCUUAACAGCCACAACAGCAGGCAUCGAUACACUUACACCAAAAACGCCGUCGGCAUCCACAAACUCACCGGAAGCAAAGAACUCUGCCAGUAUCGAGAUUCUGCAGCAAGAAAUUUCCCAGCUAUCCAGAAAAUUCGACCAAAUGUUCUCGCGAAAAAAUCUGCGGGACCGAUCACGUUCUCGCAGCAGAUACACGUCGGAUCAGCGCAAUAGCCACGAAUUGUCAUACGAAGUAUGCUGGUAUCAUCGCACAUUUGGAAGGGAAGCAAGACAAUGCCGAAAGCCGUGCUCUUUCAGACAAUCGUCCAGCAGCCAACAAUGACGCCAUCCGACUGAGCUUGCAUCGGAGAUCGGCGAACUUUCCGAUACAGCUACAACCUUUCGUCUCAAAAUUUCCGACACAACUACA